ACAAUUAUAUUUCUUCAAUAUUCCAUCCAAUUCUAUGUUUAUAUGCAGCGUUAAUAUAUAGUCUAGCUAGCUAGCUAUAUAUUCAAAUAAUGAAUAUACAAUGUUCUAAUGCAUAAUCAAGUAUCCAAAAAUACAUACAUACACGAUACACUUCCAUAUGAUCUAUAUAUGUAUAUAUAAUAAAUACUCAUAUUUUAUCGGAAGAUCGAACAAACAGUACUUCACGAGAAAAUGAGCCAGUGUGUACCCAGCUGGGACCUGGAAGACCUCAACCAAAAUAACAAUAAUGCGGCUUUCAAGUUAGAUUAUGAUGAAGUGGCGGAAUUAAAAUGGGAGAAUGGGCAACUAGCCAUGCACGAGUUAGGUCCUCGGCACGUGUCGUCAAACAAAUCAUCUGGCGCCGAUUAUCCUUCAAACUCAUCAUCAUGGGAUAAGCCACGCGCCGUCGAAACAUUAGAGGCAAUAGUCAACCAAGCAGCAGCCAGCACCCAUCCACCAUACAUCAACAAACCCCAGCAGCAGCUGCAGCUAACAUCAGCUCAUGAUCAUGUAGUACUAGACAAUAUUAAUAUGAAGCAGCAGCAGCUAGUCCCAUGGCUAAAUAACGACCACGUCGACAAACCACCACCCACUACGCUCAUGACUUCCGACGGCUUGGUGCCCAGUACUACUACUACUACUACUGCUGCUGCUCUUGAUGCGGGUUGUUCCACACGUGUUGGUUCAUGCAGUGCUGACCGGCCGUCGUCGGUGUUUAUGGCCGGCCGCCGGAGGUUGGCUGCAGAACAUGAUGAUUGGAAUAACAAUAUAAUUAUUACUAGUCAUCAUGUGAUCAGUAGUGAAAGUGAGAGUGGCCGCUGCUCCAAGUCAACCUUACCCGAUGACUCUGCUUGCCAUUCUACACCUCAGCGGGAAGCAAAUACAGUUAAAGAAAAGAAAAGGGGAAAGGCGAAAGCUUCAAUCUCAAAUAAAAGAAGAAGAACCGCUGCUAUUCAUAAUCAAUCUGAACGGAAACGAAGAGACAAGAUUAAUCAGAGAAUGAAUACAUUACAAAAGUUGGUUCCAAACUCGAGCAAGACGGAUAAAGCGUCAAUGCUUGAUGAAGUAAUAGAGUACGUAAAACAAUUACAAGCACAAGUUCAUAUGGUGAACAGAAUGAACAUCUCGCCGAUGAUGUUACCAUUAAUGAUGCAACAGCAACAACAACAGAUGCAGUUGUUUAUGAUGAACUCAAUGGGCAUGGGGAUGGGGAUGGGGGUGGGCGGGAUGGAUCAUACGAAUACCAUCGGCAGCCUAUCAAACAUGUCUACUGGUUUUCUCCCUUCCCCUUUCAUGCAUAUGCCAUCCUGGAACAUCCACCCCACUGAACGAGUCAUGAACACCACCACAAUGACCCCUGAUCCAAUGGCUGCUUUUCUAGCUUUCCAGUCUCAGCCUGUGAACUUGGAUUCGUAUAGUAGGAUGGCAGCUUUGUAUCAACAUAUGCAAACUCAACCGCCUGGCCCAUUUCACAAGAAGUAACAUGAUUGUAAAGCUCGAUCGAUCUCUGAUAGAUAACGUUAAUUACUAUGUUGUUCCAAACUUAACGUGUGACUUGUGUUUACUUGUUUUGAGAAAGUUUGAAGAACUGACGUGGUACUUACUUUUGUUGUAUAUAUGGAUAAUUCAUACA